CAUGUUUCUGGUCGCCUACAUGAACUGUAAGGCCCCCAUUAUGCCAACCUAGCGUUGCAGUCUUUACGGCUGCUAGAGGGAGUAAUUUACAAUGGAGUUUACUGAUACUCUUGAUUCUUUGGAGGACCUUGGAUACCAAGGUCCUCUCCUAGAGGACAGAGCUCUUGAGACAGCUGUGACUGGUGGCGCUGCAUCUCCAGAGUUCACUAAACUCUGUGCCUGGCUUGUGUCUGAGCUGAAGCUCUACUGCAGACUAGAGGAGAAUGUGCAGGCGACCAACUGUCCGAGCGAGGCUGAGGGGUUUCAGCUGGAGAUGAGUGGUCUUUUAGCUGAGCUGUGCUGUCCGUAUCCUGCUCUCAUCACCGGAGAGGUCACCAAACGUCUGCUGAAUGCAAACAACUGCCUGUUACUGCUAAGCUUCUUGAUCUCCGAGCUCGAGGCGUCUAGGAUGAUCCUGGUAAACCAGCCCCAGAAGAAGGUGCAGGAGACUGGUGGCAGUAAAGACUUCAUGGAGCUGAAGGGCAUCUGUAUGGCCCUGGGCAUGUCCAAACCUCCUGCCAACAUCACCAUGUUCCAGUUUUUCAGUGGAAUUGAGAAAAAACUGAAGGAAGCUUUGUCCAAGGUCCCUCCAUCUCAUAUAGGAGAACCUCUACUGAAGAAACCACUGGGCCCUGUACAUUGGGAGAAAAUUGAAGCAAUAAAUCAAGCACUUGUGAAUGAGUAUGAAGUCAGAAGAAAGAUGUUGCUAAAACGACUGGAUGUGACGGUGCAGUCUUUUGGCUGGUCGGAAAGAGCCAAGACACACAUUGAUAGACUUACGAAAGUGUACCAGCCUCUUCGUGUGGUGCUGGCCACUAAAACCAGAGUGUCUGUGGCUCACCUGUUUGCUGCUAGAGAAGAUUUAUCAAAGAUCUUGAGAACCAGCAGUGGUCACAUCAGGGAGAAAACAGCCUGUGCCAUUAACAAGGUCCUGAUGGGUCGUGUUCCUGAUCGAGGAGGAAGACCCAAUGAGAUCGAAGCCCCACCUCCAGAGAUGCCCACGUGGCUGAAACGGCAAGAUGGUCCACAAGGGGGCAGUGGAGGACAGUACUACUCUGGUGGUGGCGGAGGAAGAGGUGGUGGAAGAGGUGGCUAUGAUCAGCAAGGCGGCCGUGGAGGUCAUGAGAGAGGAGGUGGAGGUGGUGGCAGAGGUGGGAGAGGAGACCACCGUGGAGGUAAAGCGCAGGGGAACUGGCAGGAUGGCUCUGGAGGAGGUGGAUACCAGGGCCAUUACCAGGACAGUGGAUAUCGAGGAGGAGGCUACCAAGGAGGCCAGCAAGGACCAGGGUACUCAGGAGGAGGAUAUCAGGGUGGAGGUGGGAGUUACCAGCACGAAGGCUACUAUCAAGAUGGAGGACGACACCAGGAGAGAGGAGGAAGGGGCGGGCGUGGGGGUAGAGGAGGAGGAGGAGGCGGAAGAGGAAGAGGCAGUGGGCAGGGAGGAGGAUGGGGUGGAAGAGGUGGGCAGAAUUUUAACCAAGGAGGGCAAUUUGAGCAAUUCUUUCAGCAAGGUGGGCAACAGUAUAACCAGGCCGGCUUUGGCCAGGGAAGACAAUUUACUAGCUGAAAAGAGACGGUUACUGUGAUCUACAGCUUCAAAGAGGACCCACAAUUCUCUGAGGGUAGGAGACCGAGAGAGACACAGGCCUCUGAAUGAGCGGAUAGGCAUUACAUCUCAUCAUUCACAUGGUGCCUGUGGAGUCUGCUUUACAGAGAUCUCCUCUGAAUGAACAAUGUGCUUCUGCAUGUGUACGGUUGGUUUAAAUGGUUCUGCUUCAGGCAGACCAUUUAAACUACUUCAGUUAUUUGGAAGUGCGUGCUUGGGUUGCCAAAAAACUAGGAUGAACUUUGUGUUGCUGGGUUUUUCUUCUUCCUUCCUCAUUGAUGAUUGACAUCGGUCCAGUCUACUGCCUGAUCUCGCUGCCCCGACAAUCUGACGAAGCCUUAUACUAGGAAGUUAAUCAAACUUUUGUUAAUCUAGUUUUAUUUAGGGAAAUGUUACUUUAACAUCAUUAGUUCUCAAUGUCCAAGCUGUCAUUUCAACGAUCAGCACAUGAAAAUUUUUGUUUUUUUUCUCUCAUCUCUCUGUGAGAUUUUGUUAACAUGAGUAAGGGUCAUGCUCUCGUGUGGAUGUUCAUUUACUGACUGUGUGGAAACCCUGAGAUUGAUUGAUUGACAUGAUUGGAGCUUUUUGCUGUUUUGGGAAAGAAUGGUACAGUUCACCUUUACAAUGUGUAAAGGUUUUUGAAUGAUUAAAUAAACCAUAAAGCUCACUUUUUUGGUGUAUUUUAUUAAAAAAAAAUGUAAUCACAGAAAACUGAUGAAUUUCAAAUGAUGACAAUUUCUUUCAUUUUCUUGCAUUAUUAUAGUGGCAAUAAAAUAUCAGCAUUUACAGUGACAAAAACAACUAAAUUAAAUACAAGAAUUCUACAGAAAUUAUGCAGAUUCCUAAGAUGCAGUGUGAUGGUGACAUGCUUAGAAAUACAGUGGCCACAUGAGGGCAAUAGACAGCAAUUUAUUUUAGUUUUAUACCGUCAAAAUGGAGCAAAUCCUAAACAUUUCUCAACAUUCAACAUCACUUAAUCACAGUUUAAACCAGUCAUUAGGAAACAUUAAACACAAACUAGAAUUUUUUUAAAGCCAAAGAAAGUUUUGAAUAGUUGUGAUUAGUCUGUUUUAGGGUAGUGUUUAUUGAUGUUUUCCAUGAACAGCAAGUGCAAUGAAGGAAUCAGACAUUUCUACAGAUGACGUAUUCAGUUAUUACUCUCAUUCUAGUUAAAGCAGACUGUUCAUAUCUAUGUUCAGAUAUUUUGUCUUCAAAAAUACACUAUAAAUACUUUUAAUAUAAUACUUUUAUGUUUUCCAGCUAAAGUUACAUAAAUGGUCUCCAAAUAUUCCAGUCCAAGAUGGUAAAAGUCCCUUGUUUAAUAAUCGGUUUUAUGGGUCAAGCUUAUUUUCACUGGCAACCCUGAGAUGCUGAGAUGACCUGCUCACUGCACACAACCUUAUUUCAGCAUUGGUAAAAACCUAAUAAUAAUUAGAUUGCUCUUUUUUUUUAUAUAGUGAAGCUCAGAAAUUUAGUGAGGAAAAGUAAGUGCAGCGAGAACCUUGGAAAUAAACAUGUUUGUAUGUUUGAUGUUCAAAAUGUAGUAAAUGUACACCUUUUCCUCAUGUAGACCUGGCAUCAACCAGAACAUUCAUUAGACUAUAAUCAAUACAGCAAUGACAAGGUUGAUCAUUUUACAGCAUUAAUUAUUGGCCAUAUCAUCUGAUGGCCCAGAAGUGGCAAGAGUCGACAGUUUUUCAAUACACAUCUCUUGAUUUUGCAAACCUUGUAUUACGUAAAGAUGUUUGCACAAGAAAAUGUGUUAAUAUGGCUGCUGCUGCUGCUCAUAAGUCAAAUAACGUGCGCUUGAAUUAUCAUUACAACGAUUUCGCAGUAAUUCUUACUUAUCAAUAAGUGAAAGACAACAGAUGUAUUAGAAAUAUCCCACAGGAGGUUCUGCUACUCUAAGGCUCUGAAAGUCAUGCUUAAAUUAUUCACUUUAAAGGGAUAGUUAAACCAAAAAUGAUAUCUGCAAAAAGCUAAAAAAUAA